CAGAGGCAGUUUGUGAUUCUACAAGUUGUACAGCUUGUUGAAAUGGACAGCUAGGGCUGUAUAGAAAUGAUAACUCUUUGAAAGGGACAAGUAAUUGGAGAUUUAAUUGGACUUUUCAUGCUUUUUGAAUCUGACACGACAUGCAAGACUUUAGCUCACUCUCUUUGUUCCUUUGUAUUUGGAUAGCACCCACCACCACCACACACUAAAGAUCUGAAAGAGAAAGGAAGAAUUCAACAAAGGGGAUUAAGGACUGUUUCAGAACUUAAAAAAAUGGCUACUAAGCGUCCGUUCUGUGAGUCCAGUUUUUCUUGCCCAUAUUGUCUGGAGGUUUUUAAAGACCCUGUCAUAAUGGAGUGUAGUCACAGUGUGUGUAAAGCCUGUGCAGAGAAAUACUGGGAAUUAAAAGGGCACCAGGAGUGCCCUGUCUGUCGCAAAAGGUUCUUCAAUAGCAAACUACAAUCUAAUAUAGCUUUAAGGAAUCUGUGUGACAACUUCAUAGCACAGCAGAGGACGUCAGUAGUAUCUGAGUUACUCUGCAGUCUGCACAGUGAGAAACUCAAGCUCUUCUGUCUGGAGGAUAAACAGCCUGUGUGUGUGGUGUGCCAGACCUCAAAACUACACAGAGGCCACAAUCUCAGUCCUAUUGAUGAAGCUGCAACAGACAUGAAGGAGGAACUCAAGAACAAAUCGGAGCCCCUGAAAGAGAAACUGAAGACAUUUGAAAAAGCGAAACUCAUGUUUGACCAAACAGCAGCGUACAUUGUGACUCGGGCCCAGAGCACAGAGAAGCAGAUCAAGGAGGAGUUUGAGAAGCUUCACCAGUUUCUCCGAGAUGAAGAGGCAGCCAGGAUAGCUGCACUGAGGGAGGAAGAGGAGCAGAAGAGUCAGAUGAUGAAGGAGAAGAUUGAGAAUAUGAGCAGGGAGAUCUCAUCUCUUUCAGACACAAUCAGAGCCAUAGAGGAGGAGAUAAAAGCUGAUGAUGUCACAUUCCUUCAGAACUACAAGAGCACAGUGGAACGAUCCAAGGGCACACUGCAGGAUCCAGAGAGGCUUUCAGGAGCUCUUAUCAAUGUGACAAAGCACCUGGGCAACCUGAAGUUCAGAAUCUGGGAGAAGAUGCAAGAGAUUGUUCAAUACACUCCUGUCACUCUGGAUCCCAACACUGCAAACCCACAGCUCAUCCUGUCUGAGGAUCUGGCCAGUGUGAGACGUGGUAAUGAGAUACAGCAGCUUCCUGAUAACCCAGAAAGAUUUGACUUCGCUGCCAGUGUACUGGGUUCUGAGGGCUUUAACUCAGGGACACACUGCUGGGAUGUGGAGGUUGGGGAGAACACAAGGUGGAGCUUGGGUGUGAUGACAGAGUCUCUCCAGAGGAAGGGAAACCACACCUCCACGAUUGGACGGUUGAGUCUGUAUUAUUAUGAUGGUGCAUUUCUAGCACGUGCAACCCCGCAGGCCUACACUCCUCUCACGGUCCAACAGAAGAUCCAGAGGGUCAGAGUGCUGCUGGACUUAGCUAAAGGACAUCUGACAUUCUCUGACCCUGAUAGCGGCACUCUGCUUUGUACUUUCAUACACACGUUCACAGAGAGAGUGUUCCCCUACUUUAACACUGGAGAGUUCUCUAUGAGGAUCCUGCCAGUGAAGUCCUCAGUCACACUAGAGCAGCUGGGUUAGAAAUGAAAUCAUAUCUGGACCGGCUAUUCGGUAUACAAGGACUUUUCCCGGUGGGCUGGCUGACAGUCCCAAAGGGCUGAGGCUAUUGUUUUUUGGUUUAUUUCUUUGUUUUACUCUGAGGGACUGGCCCACACGUUAAUAGCUGUUCUCCAUUGGUCCAUCUGCAAGAUAGUGGACAUAAAUAAAUAGGGUGUAGUAUGAAAAUUGGUUCUACUGCUCUAUGUAUGACCAUGAGUUUAUCAACAAAAAUGUUUUUUGAGUGUUUUUGAUUUUUGAGCCACAGUCCAGCCCUUCUAAUGAACUCUGACUCUGAAGAAGACACACUGAGUCAGAAUGCUAGCCAUUAAGUUACCGCCACAAUUAAAAAAAGCCUAAAACAAAAAGUUUUGAAUGCUGCAGUCCUCUUUGGUCUUGGUCUUUUUUUAGGUGAAACCAACUUAAUUGCUGUAUAGUCUCUUUAGACUCAUCCUGCUGCAGGUGACAGACUGUCAGGGGGUUACGGAUUAUAGACCAAUUACAGACAAUUCAGCCUGGGAGAAGUAUGUGUAUAUGUUUAACGCUGCAAGGGAUCGUUUCAGCUCUGAAGGGGGGAGGGGGGGAUGUCCGUGGAGGCUCUUUGGGUGCGUGAUCUUCCGCCCGUACCUGCAGGUGCAGAAGUCUAAACCAGGCCUUGGUCUACCACCCUGAUUUGUGAUCCAUAAAGGCUAUUAGCACAGGUGACGACAACACCUUUUCAGGCAGUGGGAUGAACUUUUUUUAAAUGUAUUUUUAUUUUUUUACUGCACCAGAAAAUACAAUUCCAUCAAGGGCACUUUUCCUUUCA